AUGAGGACCCUUUCAUGCAAUGUCAGGGGCUGCAAUGCCCCUGACAAGAUACGCUUGAUCAAGCAAUGCAUUGAUCAAGUGCGACCGGACAUCUUUCUCUUACAAGAAACAAAGAUCAAAGAUGAAGAUGUUAGUUCUUUUUCUAAGAAAUUUCAAUCAUGGAAAUGUAGUUUGGUGGGAGCGCAAGGUGCAUCUGGAGGCCUUGCAGCUCUUUGGAAGGAAUCAGUAGUAGAGGUGUUUGUUGUUAGGGCCACUCGGUGGUGGCAAUGGCUGAAGAUAAAAUCAAUGCAGCUUCAGAUAAGUUUCUUCCUCAUAAACAUAUAUGGACCUAACAACACAAAUAUGAAAAUGCAAGUAUGGAGUGAGCUGUCAGAAAUAUUGAGAAAUGACAAGAACUUAUUUAUUUUGGGAGGAGAUUUCAAUGCUCUGCUUCGGCCUUUAGACAAAAUGAGGGGAGUGGGCUGGAACAGGCAGAGCCAAAGAGACUUCAGCUCCUUUGUUAUAAGCUCGAGUCUAAUUGAAAUUCCUUUCAAAACAGGGGAUUUCACUUGGACCAAUAGGAGGAGUGGCUUCCUAAAUAUCGCUAAAAGGUUAGAUAGGUUUUUUAUAGCUGGAGAUUGGACAAAGAGCCAUUGGACCUGCGAAGCGGAGAUUUUACCUAUCACGGGAUCAAACCAUCAUCCCAUAUGCCUGAGAAUUCAAGAUGACAGUGCUCCAGAGAGAUGUCCUUUCAAAUUUGAGGCAAUGUGGCUUCAGGAUGGUAACAUCAGAAACCUUGUUGAACAAUGGUGGAAACACAAGCCGGUUAAUCCAAGUAAUAAAGCUUUCACUUUUUUCAAAAAAAUCUAG